AUGGUCGAAAGCCGAUACAAAGCUCCGCGCCUACUGAAGGUUAAAGAUGCUAAAAGAGCUUCUGAGCUACCAGAUAUAAAGGCAUCUGUUUCUUCCCAGAAAAAGCGUGCACGGAAGGCACCACAAGUCAAACCAUCAACUAAGCUCACCAAGGAAACUCCAUCUAAACCAUCGGCUAAGCGCACAAAGAUUACGGAGAAGUUCAAGAAUCCUACCGCAGAAGGUGGUCACCGACACAUAAUCGGACGACACGGAGCUAAUCCCCAUAUGUCGUCUGGAAACGAAGAUACACAUGAUGCUGUCCAAUUCGCUUGUUCUUCCUCCAAUUGCGAGACACAGAGGACGACCAGAAGGCCAUCGCCCAGUAUCACUGUAAGAACUCCAUCGAGAGUAUUGGAAACGCCUACACCCAAGAGCGAGCACUGUCGUGGCGGAGCUCUGUGGCAAAACGAGCCGGCUUUGCAAGCUGCAGAAGUCUCUGAUCGUGGAAAGCGAUAUUGAUCAUUGAAAUAGGCGAGUGGAGCAAUUGGUUUUUUUCAUUUCUUUCAGUAAAAAAUAUGUACAUUUAGAUUCUUUUCACGACCUAGAAUUUUGAAUUUUGGGUAUCCGUAAAAGAAAGCACUGAUCUAAAAGUUAGAAGUAAAUCAUCUCAUUUCCGUCCCACCCCAGAGGUAAAGAUUUACAUGGGCUCGUUUUUGUUUGAAGUUUUGUCCCUAAUAGUUUCAGUGGUAGCCUUUGAUGAAGAUUUGAAGACAAAAAGUACAAAUUCUUUACUAGUUUCGGAUAUACAUCUGUACUUAGCAUUUUGUUGCUUACUGAUAUAUCAAAGUAUCGUGUGUUUCUGUUAAAUUUCGUUUAAUUUAUUGAAUAUUUUAAUAUUUUAAG